UACAAAAAAGCCUUUCAACAAUUAUCAAUAACUUCCCAUCAAAACCAAGUUUUAGUGCGUGUUUACUUAGAUCGCUACCGGAUUCUAUUUGGGGAAAGAGCAACAUAGAUCAAGGUUUUUGGUUGUCUUGGUGGCGACAUGAACACCUUCUCCCACGUACCUCCAGGCUUUCGUUUUCAUCCGACUGAUGAAGAAUUAGUUGACUACUACCUUAGGAAAAAGGUAGCAUCCAAAAAGAUUGAUCUAGAUGUCAUCAAAGACGUUGAUCUCUAUAAAAUUGAGCCAUGGGAUCUUCAAGAACUAUGCAAAAUAGGAAGCGAUGAAGAAAAUGACUGGUAUUUCUUCAGUCAUAAAGAUAAGAAGUACCCAACAGGAACAAGAACGAAUAGGGCAACAAAAGCAGGGUUUUGGAAAGCCACGGGAAGAGAUAAAGCAAUAUACUCAAAGCAGCAUUGCCUUAUUGGAAUGAGAAAGACUCUUGUCUUCUACAAAGGAAGAGCUCCUAAUGGCCACAAGUCUGACUGGAUCAUGCAUGAGUAUCGCCUUGAAACCAAUGAAAAUGGAACUGCUCCGGAAGAAGGGUGGGUUGUAUGUAGAGUGUUCAAGAAGAAAAUGGCAACAGUGAGGAAAAUUGGAGACUAUGAUUCACCAUGUUCUUGGUACGAUGAACAAGUUCCCUUCAUGCAAGAUCUUGAAUCUUCAUCCCCAAUAAAGCCACCAAUAAUUAACAACAACCAUUAUGCUUCUUCAUACAACCAUCACCAGUUACAAUUACCCUGCAAACCGGAAUUCCAUCAACUUAUGGAAUACAACAACAUGAACAUGCCACGUCACGACGACGCUCGUGAUAAUAACAACAACUUCCUCCAACUUCCUCAGCUUGAAAGCCCUAAUGCUGGAAUUAGCCCCUUCUUGCAACAACAAGAUCCUCAUCAGCUAUUGCAACAACAAAAUUCCAACAACAGCAAUUAUCAUCUUGAUCAAGUAACCGAUUGGCGAGUUCUCGAUAAAUUCGUUGCGUCGCAGCUCAUGAGUCAUGGUGAUGAUGAUGGCCACAACCACAAUAAUAAUGUUUCCAAAGAAGUAAUAAACAGUUAUUCUGAUGCUUCAAUUCUCCAUGUGGCUCAACAGAUUGCUAUGCUGGCAAAUGGAUCGUCAUCUUCAUCAUCAUCAAGGAGGCCUCAAAUUUCUCAUCAGGAAUAUGCUGCUUCAACUUCCACAUCAAGUUCUCAGAUUGAUCUCUGGAAGUCAUCAUCAUGAAAUAUUUUAUAAUAUAUAUAGUAUGAUAACUACCUGAGAUAAAAAAGAAAAGAAAAGACGCAUACUAAUUAUAGGAAAUUACAGUUUUAUGUUGAAAAUCUUAUGAAAAAGAUCAGACCAAAUUAUUGGCUGUACAGAAGAAUGCAAAUAUAUAUGUAUUAUUCCUGUAUGUAUUUUUUUCACCAAUAUAAUUUAGGCAAUUCAUCAAUUGCCAGAGA